AUGGCUGGCAUCGGUUACUUGUGCAAACCGGUCACCCCGGGUCCAUCCCAUGGCCCCAGCCAGGUAGCUCCGGAAUCGGGUCCAGAGUACUCGAUUCUUUUGACAUCUUCGUGUCUGCGCAGCCCGUCCGACGGCGAGAGCAUACCCCUAACGCAGGAUACGCUAUCGGAUCGUGGUAGUGUCGACAAUGGUAAGACCGUGAACGUGUGCCACCGCACCCUCGGCACCGUAGCCGGUCAAACGGCGCAGCCGACGAGGCUAUAUCCCUGGCGCAACUGCGAGACAUAG